GAAUUACGAACAUGAACUAAUUCCGAACUUUAACAACAAGAUAAUUUAUUUAAACAAGAACAAUUAAAUAAGCCUAACAAUUUGAAUACAAGGAGCUGAUUGGAAACACGUUUGAACUGAAUGACGAUUGUUAAGAAAAAUGAAUUACGCGAUAAAAGAAAACGUAAUUAAAAACCGCUACGUUCAAACGCAAUAGCCAAUUACAAACAAUUAUUAAUGUGAAGUAUGAAACAUGUGUGAAGAACUAUUCAUGUAAAAAUCGAUAAAUAUGUGUAACCCCACAAAAACCGCUCACUGAGCGGUGUCCUUUCUGAGUGCACCUAUUGGUUCGCUACAUCGAUUACAAACUUGAAACCUUCAACUUCAAGCAUUGUCCUUCAAGUCUGUGAUAAAAACAGAUACGAUGUAUAAGGUUAUGUUUAACCCAAAUGUCACCCAUUUGCGCUAUUUAUUUAAAGUGAAUCUUAAAAGUACGAAAUGCCUAACCAAUUCUUUCCAUACGCAAUAUCAAAUAUUAUUUGCAAACGAAGAUAAAACUGAAAGUCCGCGAUUGCGUGAAUUUAGGAAAAAGUUGAGAGAACGUACACCUAUAGAAGAACUAGAAGAAUUAGAGGAAGGAAAACAUCCUUAUCAAGAAAAAGAACCAUUAAAACCAUUUCCAAAUAAUACGAAUCCAAAAACAGGCGAAGUAGGAGGACCAAAGGGGCCAGAACCAACUCGAUAUGGUGAUUGGGAAAGAAAAGGACGAGUAACAGAUUUUUAAAUAUAGCUAGGAAAAAAUAUGCGCUAUAGUUAUUUAAUAGGAUGUGUAAAUAAUAAAAUAGGAACAUAUUUUAAUAAAUUAAGAAUGAAGUGAAUAUUGCGUGUAUUGUUUUUAAAUAAAUGAAAGAUUUUACUUUGAAAUAUUAA